AUGAGUCCAUUAUUUGAAAUUCAAGAAACUAAUGUCUAUGCAUCUGUAGAUUCAGCAUAUAAAUAUGAUGAUAACUAUAGUGUCAAUUUUUUAAAAGUGGAUCAUUUUACGCUGUGUUGUUUCGCAAAACAGAACAAUCCGAGUGUUUCGUGCGUUGCCAAAUUUGAAGGAGGAUUUUCAAGUUGUGAUGAGCUUCUGAAAAAUGAUGUGCUCAAAUAUUCAAUUUGGAUUCUUGGUCUGAUGGCCUUCCUUGGAAACUUCUUUGUUAUUGUAUGGCGAUCGUUUUCAAAGGACAGCAAUCGUGUGGCUUCAUUUCUUUUAACAAAUCUCGCUGUUGCUGAUUUCCUAAUGGGCGUGUACCUGUUGAUUAUUUCAUAUAAAGACACAGUGUGGAACGGAGUGUACUUCAAACAUGAUAUUUCCUGGCGUGCAAGCAAUUUGUGCAUAUUUGCAGGUGUUAUCUCUACUUUAUCAAGCGAGGUCUCAGUGUUAACUCUGACUGUUAUCACCCUGGAACGUAUGAUAUGUAUUAUAUUUACUCUUAAAUUUCAACGUUGGUCAAUGAAGAAAGCCUGGGGCAUAAUGAUCGUUGUUUGGUUGAUUGGACUUUGUAUUUCAAUCAUUCCGUUGCUAAACGAUGCCUAUUUCUAUGAUUAUAAACAGAAUGCACACUUUUUUGGACGUUCACCGGUCUGUCUACCACUCCAGUUAUCGAGCGAUCGGCCAGCUGGCUGGGAAUAUUCAGUGUGUGUAUUUCUCGUUUUGAAUGGUGUUUCUUUUUUAUUCAUUCUCCUGGCAUAUGUGUUUAUGUACCGCUCCAUAGUCAAGGCCGCCCGUUCAGUAAGGUCAACGAGGGUAAAGAAGGAUUCAACCAUUGCAAAGAGAAUGAUGUUCAUUAUUUUAACAGAUUUCCUAUGCUGGUUUCCUGUGAUAAUUUUAAGCAUUUUGGCUUUAACAGGAAAUUUAUAUGAUCCUUCGAAACAAGUAUAUGCUUGGGUGGCUGUGUUUGUAUUGCCCAUCAAUAGUAGCAUCAAUCCGCUACUCUAUACCUUCUCAACUCCAUACGUUCGGAAAAUGAUUCCAUCGCCUCUCAGCUGGAUUGCCCAUAAAAUAUUCAAUUGAAGGAAGAUUUCACAAAGACUAUGCAAGAACUGGCCUAAAAUAAAUUUUACUGCGCUGGGUAACAUUGUCUUCAUUUAUCUGUCUCUCCGUUUCUUUUUGGACGGCGUAGAGGAAUAUCUGAUCCAACCAACUGCUUGGUAUUACAUGAAGUAUAUCAAAGAGUCCAAUAUGUUUCUUGGGCUAACUCUAGCGUCUUAUUCUGCGGCGUCUUUGGUUUUCAGUCCAUUUAUCGGAGCCCUAAAUGUAAGACUUCAAAAUUCAAGCAAACUAAUCAUAGUGAUGGGUGGAGUAGUAAAGUUAUUAGGAAAUAUGUUGUAUUCAAUCCCGAUCAAUGGAUACUUUCCCAUGUUUGGAAGAUUUUUGAGCGGCAUGGGUUCCAGUACAUUAUCUGUCCUGUUUGGAAUAAUUGCAAAAGGUACUUUAAACGAAAAUCGUGCUCAGGCGUUUCUAUAUUUUCAAGCACUGUUUUUUGCCGGUCAAGUACUCGGGCCAACACUUGGUAGCAUUCUCACAUUCAACGUCGAUAUAUUUGGUUGGCAAAUAAACGCAGGAAAUUCACCAGGAGUAAUUAUGACGAUUUUUUGGUGUUUCUUGCUUACCUUUACGAUAUUCCUACCAAGUAAUGUUAUUGAAAAUACAAAGGAAAAACAAAGCAAUGAAAGAGUUGGUGAAAUUACUGAUACAUUCAAGUCUUCCUCAGGAACAAACAAUAUUAUUCGCCCACCAUCAAUCGUUUUUUCUUUAUUUUAUUUUACCUUCGUACUUGUUAUUUUUUACUCGGUAGUUGGGCUAUAUGUUCCGUUAUUGGCAGCGCACCGUCUUGGAUUGGGUCUUCUUCACGUGAAGCUGAUUUUUAUCAAUGGCACGUUGUUUGUCUUCAUUUUGUUUGUUUUAACUCCUCUCUUCUUGAGAAUAAUCUCCGAGAAAAAUUUACUAAUUCUUGGAAAAGUUUUUUUGAUGUUCCCAAUCUUCGUUUUACUUUAUUUUUCUGUCUCUUGGAACACAACCUUGUCAGUAAAUGCAGCCUAUCUCUUGCUUCUUACAAUGUUUAUUUUGGAAGCAAAUGCUGUAAACUUUUCCCUGAUUUGUUCAAUGCUAACAAAAUUAACUCCAGUGAGUAGCGCCUCGUUUUAUCAAGGUAUAAAUAUUGCUGUUUUGCAUUUUGGUAUUCUGGUCGGUCGUCUAAUAGCAGGAGCAACAUUUGCCAAAUUGCCAAUGAUGUACACUGGCUUUGGUCUUACAGUUUGCUGGUUAUUUUCAAUGCUGUGGUUAAGCAUUGAAUACAAGAACUUCCCUCGUGAUAUUGAACAUCGGCAAUGAGUGAUAUUGAGAUAAAUAUUCCACAAGUAUGUAGAAAAGACAAAGCUAAUGGAGAUGAAAAUGACACGUAAAAUGAUUCACAGUUUAUACUUAAAAUUAAAGCAAAGGAA